AUGGACAGCCCUGAGUACUUCAUCAGCUGGGGGUCGGAGAAAUAUAUUCCAAUACGGCGAUUCGAAGACCUCCAGCCAGACCGCCACGAUCUUCUUCGGUCUUAUGAAGAGGCCAUCGAGACAGGUCAAACCUUCACACAGUAUUUUUCGAACCAGCCGCUGGAAAGUUACGAAAUGGACAGGUCGUUAAGAAAGAAUAUGGGCUGUGACCCUUCGCCUCUGGAUGAAAAUGCAAAUACCAUAUCUGUUUGUUGGCUAGACAUCGUUCGUCAAGGUGAUCUCCAGCAACAAGGUGAUGGAUGUUACCACUGUUCUAUUCAAGGGAAGGUAUUUGUAUUCGAUCAGCAGUUACACGAUAGGGUCGAGUUUUGCCGAAGCCAUGCCCUUCAAAUUUCUCAUUCGGGGCCAAGCUACGAAGAUGUGGAAAGGGAGGUGGAGACCACAAUGGGUAUAUGGACUGACAUCUCCAAGCAAAUAACCGACUCUUUAAAAUUUAUGAAAGGUCUAAAAAAACUUCAACUAGCAGUGAAGAUACGCCUGAACGAGCUUCAAUCCCUACCAGGCCAUACCAUAAUAUCUCCCACACCAACAAGUCCAGCACAUUAUUUGACACUAUAUGAGCCUGAUACUGCUGUACCUGUCGAGAGACUUCGUCAAGCAAGCCCAGCACAGUCGGAGUCGUCUGGUGACUCAAGCUCAAACUCAGACUCAAGCGAGUCAGAAAACGCUUCUGAUAACGACGAGGCCCUAGAGAAUGAAGGCCCAGAGAACAAGGGCUCAGCCGAGGAGACCCUAGCGGGCGAGGCCCUAGAGGAUAAGGGCUCAGAGGAUAAGGUCGCGGAAGAUGAGGCCCUAGCAGGAAAAGCCCCAGCAGGCAAAGCCUCAGCAGGCAAGGCCCCGGUUGGUAGGGCUCCAGAUGACAAGACCCCAGAAGAGAAGGCCCCAGGCGACAAGAUCUCAGCGGAUAAGGGCGCUGCGGAUAAGCGCCCAGAGGGCAAAGGGACGGGAGAUAACAGUUCCAAGCAGGACACCCGUCAGCAGAGAAACCAUAACUCUAAUAAUGGACGCAAUCUGGCACCAGACGAUGACAUGGUUAUUCCAUUAAAGCCUUUGUCCUCGAGAACUUCAACCUCCACGCCUCUCAUACCCGAGGAUGAAAAUGGUAUCUCAACAGAUCACGCUUCUCUGCCACAAGAUACUGGAAAAGCUGUCUCAGUAAACCCCGCGCCCUCGAAAGGUUCCUCGUCCAUCUCUUCAUCAAAGGAAAAGCAAAAUAGCGUCCCAAUGGAUUCUGCAUCUUCGCAACAAAAUCCCCCGGUGGAUACGCACCUCUCAGUCCUCCAAAGUCCCAUACGCAACAAGCACAAUAUACUCAUUGAGAGUGAGGGCCCAUCUUUCCGCGCAGUAAAGCGACGGAAAUUGGCGAUGAACAUCCCGAAAGUACAGAAGGAACCACCGAUCGGUAGGAAGUCUAAGUUUCAAGAGAGAGUCAUUGCUGCAGCCUGGAUGAGGGCCAAUUUGCAUGAGGGAUGGACCCACGAGAUAUUUGAAACCGAAUAUUUCCUCAAAUUUGGUUAUAGCCGAGCAUACCAAACCCUCAAGAAAUGGAUGAAUGGAGAGAAUUCUCAAGCUGAGAGCCAUGUUGUGGUAUUGAAAGUUCCCGCUCCAUGUUCACAUGAGGCAGUAUCGAGUGACAAUUCUUCAUAG